AUGUUUCGGUCGCACCCAGAAGAGAGCAUGCAUCUUCGGCUCCAUAGAGCUCGGUCUGUGGUGCUGACUUCUGACGAACUCGUCGAAAUCCGCGCCGCCCAACGAACUUUCGAGGGUGCCUACAUGCGCACCGCCCUGGGCCUCUUCUCCUUCUCCCUCGUCAUCCUCAAAGUCUUCACAGAGGAAUUCUACCCCAUCGGUGCCCUCUUUGCCGCCUUUGGCACUGCCAUUCUCCUCGUCUCCAUCUACCGCCGGUACCAGGGCAACCGCCAGUUCUUCGUCGCCGAGUCGGCAGAUGGCAACCUGCACCGGAAAUUCCGGACCAGCGGCGACACUGUGGUCCUGUUAACUGUACUGAGUCUUUGCGCCUUUGCUACGCUUUUGGUGUUGACAUGGGAACUUAAAGACGUAUGA